UUCCGGCCCAAUAAAUAUUCGAGCCUCAUCUCUUCUUUUCUCCCAAUAGCUACUACUUCACUGCUUCACUCUCCAAUUUUUCAAACCGAUUCAAUUUUUUUGCAGUUCCUUUGAUCUCGAUCGAAAAUGGGGAAAGAACCAGUUCGCGUUCUCGUUACUGGAGCUGCAGGACAAAUCGGAUAUGCUCUUGUGCCCAUGAUUGCUAGGGGAGUGAUGUUGGGUCCUGACCAGCCUGUGAUUCUGCACAUGCUCGAUAUCCCACCUGCUGCAGAGGCAUUGAAUGGGGUGAAAAUGGAGUUGGUGGAUGCCGCAUUCCCCCUUCUUAAAGGUGUUGUUGCUACAACUGAUGUUGUUGAGGGUUGCACUGGGGUCAACAUUGCAAUCAUGGUUGGUGGGUUCCCAAGGAAAGAAGGCAUGGAAAGGAAAGACGUGAUGUCUAAAAAUGUUUCGAUUUAUAAGUCUCAGGCUUCUGCCCUUGAACAGCAUGCAGCUGCAAACUGCAAGGUUUUGGUUGUUGCCAACCCCGCAAACACCAAUGCAUUGAUCUUGAAGGAGUUCGCACCAUCUAUCCCUGAGAAAAACAUUACUUGUUUGACAAGACUGGAUCAUAACAGAGCUUUGGGCCAGAUUUCUGAGAGACUGAAUGUCCAGGUUUCUGAUGUCAAGAAUGCUAUUAUCUGGGGAAAUCAUUCAUCGACCCAGUACCCUGAUGUUAACCAUGCAACUGUGAAAACACCAUCAGGAGAGAAGCCGGUCCGUGAGCUUGUUGCUGAUGAUGCUUGGUUGCAUGGAGAAUUCAUAGCCACUGUCCAACAACGUGGUGCUGCAAUCAUCAAAGCUAGAAAGCUAUCUAGUGCAUUGUCUGCUGCCAGCUCUGCUUGUGACCACAUACGUGAUUGGGUCCUUGGAACCCCAGAGGGCACUUGGGUUUCCAUGGGGGUAUACUCUGAUGGUUCAUACAAUGUACCAGCUGGACUCAUUUAUUCAUUCCCUGUCACUUGUCGCAAUGGAGAGUGGAAGAUAGUUCAAGGACUUUCAAUUGAUGAGCUCUCAAGGAAGAAGUUGGACUUGACAGCAGAGGAGCUCACCGAGGAAAAAGCCUUGGCUUAUUCAUGCCUCUCUUGAAUGCUCUUGUUCUUUAUCUAAUGUGAUAGUAUGUCUGGCUCUUUCUGGUGUGUCAAUAGAAGUAGCUACAGUUUUGAAUAAUGCCAUUGUUAAAGAUUUAGGGGAACUGUUAAUGAUGGAGAAGCUGCUUCUAUGGAUUUAUAUUUUGCAGCUUUCAUUUUUACAAGAAUGUUUGAAUUCAUAAUGGUUAUCUUGGUUAUAAAUAUGAAUACUAUCACCUGCAUAAUUGGAUGAA